CAUGAAAAAUAUCAGGCCGUUGCAAAUAAAAUGAUACAUAUAAACAUACUUCGAACGAAAACUUGUUUAUUUCUUGAUGAUGUAGGCAUAAGCCAUAUUCCUCUUAUCAAGGUCACAGCUGUGUAGUUUGUGUGCGCAUGAUCUAGGCGCAAAUGGACGACAUAUUUUUAGGUCAUUUGGCAAUGAACCAAUCAGCGUUGGGAUAUGUUAGAGGUAGAGUUGUUGUUCCCUUCAUGGGUUUUCGUUCUUCUAACAAAUCUUGAUACGAAUUUGUUUUAAAUUUUAACCUACCUAUAUUCAUGAUCCCUAGAUCCGUGGUUGGAAAUUAAACUAACAAGCUAGGUUAUUCAUGGUAUGUACUCCUUUUUAUUUUUAAUUCUUCAUUUGUUCUGUGAAAUUGAUUUACAUCGUUUACCCAUCAGAAAAACCUCAUUCAUCCAUUCACAAAUGAUUCAGUAAAUCUAGCUCUAUUGAAUUAAUUCGGCAACUUUUGUAUCUUCCUAAUCUGAUUGAAUUCAUAUAAUAGACGUAUAAUCUUUUGAUUAAAAUGUUUAUUCGUAUUUCUUCGGCUGGAUUAACCCUAAAUGGCAAUAUACCUAAUAGAAAGAGUAUAAAAAAACUUCUAGACAUGACAUCAACUGCAGCAUUGCCAAUGAAUCAUGAAAGUUCAGUUGUUCAACAUUCAUUGUGAAUGUGCCAAGCCCAGUGCUAAAAGGCCAAUACAAUGGAGAGUCAGUCUUGAUUGAAAUUGAAACUGCAUUUGAAGGCUGAAGGUCCCGUUUUAGUUUGUAAACUGCUUAAUUCUCAGAAAAAUUGUAGUGUAGUGUGUCUGAAUCUGACUGAUUGCAAUAAAGUGAAUAAUUGUCAUGGUACCACCAGUAUCUCAGUUGUCAGUAUCAUUACCAGUCCAGCCUUCCAUAAUUAUUGGCUUAGCUGCUAGUCCUAUAUAAAUACUAUUAAUAUAUAUUAUUUGUUAUUUUUUUCAUACUCAUAACUUUUUUUAAGCCUAUACUUAGUUAUUUAGUUAGAUAUCAGAUAGACUUAGCUAGAUUUAGAUACUGUCAGUGUCAGUAUUUCUAAAUAUAAAAAUGCUUAUAAUGUCGUAGGCAUAUGUAGCCAAAUAAUUAGUAAAAUUUUAUUUUUUGUUGCAUAGAGGCCAAUAGCUAAGUUUGUAACUUAAACUCAAUUUCAAGAAAUAGGCCUUAUUUUCAGCAAUCACAAGUAUAAAAUAAUUUAUAUAUAUAUUUGGACUGAUGCCAGUGAAUUUAGUGAUGAAAAUAUUAGUAUAAUAUAGAUAUUAGGUGUAUAUAGUAUAAGUUAAGCUCUGAGACAAAAUAGUCAUGUUGCCUGACUCUGACAGCUAAGUCCACUAUUUAUAAUAUUUAUUUAAGCAACUUACUUAGUGAAUUUUGUUAGUAAUGUUGUUGCUAUAAUAUGCUUAACUUUCAUUUUAUUACAUUUAACAUAGCCUAUUUAAAUAUAAAAGUGUAGAUGAUUCAUAAUAUUUUAAUAUAAGUAUAGCUUCUUUUUUAUCUGUAGGCUCAGCAAGGUUUUGGGCCUCCUUCUUUGCCUGUAGGUACGGAAGUUAGUGCCAAAUACAGAGGAGCUUUUUGUGAAGCUAAAGUAAAAACAGUUGUAAGAAUUGUAAAAUGCAAGGUGGGUUUUCCAUUUUUUAUUUUUAUGUAGAAAGAUAAAUUUAAUGAUUAAGAUUAACUGAAAUUAAGUGUUGUAAUUUAUAAAUGAGGUUAGCCUCUAAACGUAUAGGGCCUAAUGGUUCUGCAUACUUGACAGAAAAUGGGAAUGUUUUAAAAUUGGUUAUCCUUUUUUUUUAAAGAUAUUUAUUUCUAUUUCAACCUUAUCAAAUCUUAAUAUCUUUAGCUUGGUUGUUAAACUAUUAUUCUCUUUUAACAAAAACCAUAAUUAUUAAAAUUUAUAUAAAUAUACAUAUUCAAUAAACAGGUAACAGUAAAAGACUGUCAGUCGAAUGUAUUUGUCAAUGAUGAUGACAUUAAAGGUGUUAUCAAGGUACAUUUCUGUUUAGUAGAGAACAUUUUUCAAUAAUUAAUUUAGUUGGAUGUGUACAGUGUACAUCAAGUGUAAUUUUUAAAUUUGAAAUAGAAAUUGGAGUCAACUUUUGUUUAGCCCACAAGAAAUUGAACACCUUCUUUAUUUUUAUAGCUUGGAGCAGUAGUUGAAGUCAAGCAUCCUGACACUGGCCAACCAGUGGAAGCUACCAUCAAUAAACUCAUUGAUCAUAGCACUUACACUGUUGGUAAGUUAUGUGCCUAUUAUAAACCUAUGAAGCUUGCAGCAAGUUUUUCAUGUGGAAAUUAAAAAAAUAUAUCUGUAAAUAAAAUACAUCUCACUCUCAUAAUUCUUCAUUUAGACGAGACGCUAACUUUUUAAUUACUAUUUUCAGUAUUUGAUGAUGGUGAUGAACAAUUACUAUUUUCAGUAUUUGAUGAUGGUGAUGAACGAACACUAAGAAGAUCACAGUUGUGUUUGAAGGGGGAUAAACAUUUUAUAGAGAGUGAAGUAAGCUCUUUUUUUUACAUAUUUAUAAACUAAUUUUUUAAAGCUUUAAUAUUCUACAUUAACAACUAGACUUAAAAAAUAUAGUAAUGAAUUAGCACAUUGCUUACACUUAGUAUAUUUAUUUAUUUUAAAAUAACACUUCAUUUACAGCAGGGGUCUCAAACUUGUGGCCCGCAAGUCAAUAUUUUGUGGCCCGCUACAUGACAGCAAAGUUUAGUGUUAACACGGCCCACGCGCUUUCCCCAUUCUCAUAUCUAUAAUAUGACACUCUGCGACAGUUUAAGUCGAAUCUCACCGACUAAUCUAAUUCUAAUUUAUAUUGUGUUUGUAUAUAUUUGGACGUUGAUUAUAAUGGUAUUGUAAAAGAUCAGACUAAAGGUUUUUAUUUUAUAGCAUUUUAUGAGACACUCAUGGCCAAAGUGCAGUUUUGAGAAACAUUUAAAAAGUUAGUGGGUAACGCACAACCAUAAUUGUGUAAAUCCUAACAACCUGACACAGUAUCAAAGAAUCCCUAUUAAAAUUGCGCUAGUGUUAAAGAGUGAGGGACAUUCCGAGCCUGUCAGCUUGGUCACUUUCACUAUUGGGUUUGUCAAGAAGGCAUUUUCUUCUAUAAAAAAAUCAAAAUUCAUUCUCCCUACAACAGCAUCUUCCAUCGCACCAAUAGUUUAUAAAUAUUGCCUGCCCCUGCCUACUGUUUGAACACGUUUUAGCCUUCAAAGCCUUCAUGGAAAAGGAUGGGGUGGUUGUUCCUGUACUAAGUGAUCCCAAAUGGCUCAUGGAGUUGGCUUUUCUUGUUGAUAAUACACAGGGGCUGUAUGUACUCAACAAGAAGUUACAAGACCAGUGGUAGCUUUUCAGUGUUGCCAAUUACAAUGUCAGGGCAUUCUGCACAAAAAUUGUGUUAUGAUUCUUAGAAAAACCUCUGCCAUUUCCCCAACAUGCAAAGUACUCAUGGACUCGGGCGCACCCUUCAGAAGUAAGUAUACUGAUGCCAUUGCUAAGCUACAGGAAGAAUUUGAUCACAUGUUUUUAGACUUCAAAACAGACAGAGCGACUUUUCGCUGACCAAAUCUCCUUCAAUUUGGAUGAUGCUCACAUACCAACACCCCCCUACGCCCCCAUACCCCCAACUGCACUUCAAAUGGAGCUAAUGGAUCUUCAGUGCAAUUCUAAGUUCAGGGAGGUGAAUGGAAAAACAGACAAGCAUGGAAAAUUUAUGAGAGCAUUGCCCUCCACCUUCCCUGAGAUUUCCAGGUUGUUCAAGCGGAUUAUGUGCCUUUUUGGGGAGUACCUAAUCUGUGUGAAAAGCUCUUUUCCACUAUGAACUUUAACAAGUCAAAGUUUAGGACCCAACUUACUGAUAAGCAUCUUUAAGCUAUACUGAGGGUCUCAGUUGCUUACUCACUCAAGCUAAAUUUUGCUCAGCUGUGUAAGAAGAAGCGCUGCCAGAUCUCUGGCAACAAGGAUUAGGAGGAAAAAAGUGAAACCUAGUUCUUAAGAACCCUUUAUGUUUUCAUUUAUUAUUAAUAAAGGUUCAGCAGAUUGUAACAGUUAUAAUUUAUUGUCUUUGUAAUUGCUUUUUUGUGGAAUACUUGAUGCGGCCCAGUCUCACUCAGACUCCACCUCCUGCAGCCCCCGGAUGAGUUGAGUUUGAGACCCUUGAUUUACAGGCUUGAAAUUGUAAACGUUCAUGUUAUGUAUUCUUUUGUGACUUACAUUGUGAAGAAAAUAAAAAAAGUAGUAAAAUGAAAGUUUGUGCUCAGCGCCAGGUGGUAAUAUUAUUUGCAUUGAAAUUAUGUUGAUUAAAAAAAUAUACAUAUUAUUUUCAACAGGGCUAUUGCUUGUAUAGGGCCCUGGCCUGCUCCAUCACAUCCUUCUAUUCAGAUAGCUGGCUAUGGCUUUUCUUUUCCAUGUGUGGACCCCUGCCGAUGUUACUCUACAUCAUCACUCUGACUUUCUCUAAUAUUAUAUUUUAUUCAAUAUAUUACAGACACUGGACAAUUUGCCUCUUUCCCACCCUGAGCAUUUUGGAACUCCAGUAUUGCAGAACAAAAAGGCCAAACGUAAACAUGAGUAUGUCUUUUUAUCAUUUGUAUAAAGUUCUUUGAAUUGAGGUUUGUUUGUCAUGAAUUUCACUUUUAAAAAAGCCUAAAAAUUUGUCAGAAAUUAAAAAUUUUUAAAAAAAUUUAGAGCUCGUUUUAAAGCAGGGUGUAGUUUUGUAUUUUGGAUUACAGCUAAAAUUAAGCCACUUUUCAAUUUCAUAGUUAUAUUUUAUUUUCUACUGUGAUUGAUCUAUUAAUAACAGAAAUGAAAGUGAUGAAGAAGUAGACACUUCUGAAGAAGAAUCUCCAAGGCGGGCUACAUACCGUGGUCGGCAUCAAGAGCUUGUGGGCAAGUUAAUGUUGGUAGAUCUUCCACAACGCAAGGGCUCACUUAUACCUGCAUUGGUCGUGCUGCCUGAUGCCAAUAGCCUAAAUGAAGUGAAAAAUAGAGAUCAAAUUCUUGUGAGAUCUUUUAAAGAUUCAAAAUUGUAAGUCCCCUGUCAACUUAUUAGUUUUAAAAUUAGAUGGGAUAUUUAGAUUUAUUUUAAAAUCUAAAUUCCUUGUUUUGCCUGAUGGCCUUUUUUAUGCUUUACUCUUCCCCUGUCAGUUGCACAUAUAUUUGUAAAUUUAAUCCGAAUUUAAGUUUAUUUCUGCAAUUAAAAUAUGAAUGUUUUCCUGUUUUUACAUUAUUUUAGAGCUUUGUAUUUGUCAACCUGGAGCCUAGGAGAAUAAAUUGUUUUUCAGCGCCGAAUUUAAGCUUAUUCCUGCAAUUAAAAUAUGAAUGUUUUCCUGUUUUUACAUUAUUUUAGAGCGUUGUAUUUGUCAACCUGGAGCCUAGGAGAAUAAAUUGUUUUUCAGCGCCAAAUGUGGGGGGAAAAUGGGGUGGGGGGCUUAAAGAGGAUAAAGAUUUGAUAAAUACAUAAUUAAAGCUAAUUGUUUUAUUUAUUUUUUUUUUUUCAGUAUGGUUGUCACGCGCAAGGAUCUUAAAUACUUUUCAAGAGCUGUUGUUAUAAAAAAUGAAGACAAGACAAUGAGAAAGCUAAUUGUUUUAUUUAUUUUUUUUUUUUUUCAGUAUGGUUGUCACGCGCAAGGAUCUUAAAGACUUUUUAAGAGCUGUUGUUUUAAAAAAUGAAGACAAGACAAUGAGAACAGGUUUGUAUUUUAUGGGGGUGGGAGGGGGGGGCAUUUCUUUACAGUUGAGGUCAUUAAAAUUCACUAUGACAACAUUAUUAAGUUGUGGUGGCACGUGAAGUAUAUAAUAUUAUGUGUUUAAAUUUCAGCUAUUGAAAAGGCUCUUCUGUAUUUUGAUACAAAAGAGCUGCCAGUUGGUUGGGAUAAACAAGAGAUGCUUGGAUCUGAUUUGGAAGACGAUGAGGAUGGUGAAGAAGAAAAUGAAUAUGUGAGUUUUUUUGUUCAUACUCUGUCGUGGUCAUGAAUUUCUUUUAUGUAUAAAAAUGUUGUUACUAUAUUAAGUGUUUCAUUUGUUUCUCUGUAUAUAGGCCUCAGAAGAUGAACCCUUUGAAGAAAAAGACAGAUUUGUAGCUCAGUUGUAUAAGUUUAUGGAUGAUAGGGGCACUCCUAUCAAUAAAGGACCUUGUAUUGGCAACAAGGAUCUGAACCUUUACAAACUAUUCAAAAUAGUUCAAAAUUUAGGGGGAUAUAAUAAAGUAAGUAGGGAAAUUGUACAAUAUUAUUUGAAAGUUAUCUAAUCCAUCUAUAUCUUCCCCAUGUACAUCUCCUACAUUUUUAUAAAUGACAAAUAUUAGUGAUGCUCAUACUAAAAAUAUUAUAAAUCAUUAAAAAGAUGUUUAGACAAAUUAAAAUAUAACUAGAAUAUUAAUUUUUCAAAUGCAGUUCUGUACUGUCUUUAAGAGAUAUUGUUAUUAAAUUAUUUCUUUAUAGGUCACAAAAGAGAUGAAAUGGCCUGUUGUCUAUAGUAAAAUGGGGCUGCCUUCACUACAUCAAAAUCCAGCUCACCAAAUUAGAACAGCUUAUAAAAAGUAAUUUUUAUUCAAUUUCAAUGUUUCUGUUUAUGUAUGUGAGCAUAUUGUUUUCCACUUAUGUUUUCAUUGUAAAAUUUGGAUUGCAUUUUAGAUGUAACUUAUUUAUUACAUCGCCUGGAAUCAUUAUUUUAAAAAUUUCAGCGCUUCAUUAAUUCUUAUAACUGUUACACUUCACGCUAUAGCUUGUUUAUGGUAAUGGUCCAUCAUUAAAACUUUUGCAGGUAUCUUGAUGCUUAUGAGACAUUCUACCGGAAACUGGGCAGCACAAUGGGAACUUUGAGUAGACCUGGUCGUGCUAGGCAGAACUCUGGAAGAAGCAUACUGAAUUUCCGGGGUAGAGAAAGAAGUCCACGCUCACCUAAACCCCCAGAAAAAGUAUGUACUAAUAUUUUUUUUUCCAGCUACAAAUCGGUCUUUUUCCUAUUUUGGUUUGAUCUUUUAUUAUCUACAUGCUGCAAUUGUACAUGUUUUUUUCUUUAAGGGAAGUUCAUCAAGCAUAAAAAUAUAUUGAAGUCAGAUAUCCUCAGAAUAAAUUAAACUUGACCCACUAGGCAUAGUGUGGAUGUGUAGGUUUAAAUUUAUUACUCUGUGAAUUCCAGGUGAAGGAGGAUACAGAGAGCCCCAAACGGAAAGUGGAAGUUACACCGGAGAAGUCUGAAGAAACCAAUGAUACCACCAGUCCUGUACCAUUUGAUGAGAAUGAUGUUGUCACUAGGAGAACUGCCCGUAGAGACCCAAGAGCUCUGUCAGCAAAGGAUGAAAGUAAAGAAAAGAAAGAAGAAACACUAAAAGGAAAAAAGGAUGAUAAGAAAGAGGACAGUCUUAAGAAAAAGAAAGAAGAUAAAAAAGAAGAAACUCCCUCCGCUAAGGGUAAGAAAGAAACUGUAUUGCCAACACCUCGAUCUAAAGAGGAUGUCUUAAAAGGAAAAGAUGAUGUUAAAAAAGAAGAUCGAAAAUCAUUGAGGAAAAAUAAAGGAGAAGAAGAAAAAGAGGACAAAAGACUAGAAAAGGUUGUUAAAAAGGAGGAAGAUAAGAAAGAAGAAGUUAAAGUUGAUCUACCACCUACUCUUGAGAAGGAGUCUCCAAAGAAGCGGGUAUGUCUUUGUAAUAAUUAAUAUUUUUAACUUUUAAUUGUCCCUCUGAAUUUAAACACUAUUUGGUGAAUUUAAAAAUUGUUUAUUACUUGCAUCUCUAGUUAUGAAAAUUUACUGUCAGAGUUAUUUUAAAAAAAUAAUAUAGAUUUUAAAUCCUCAAAGUAAGCAAUGGUCAUGUGUUAUAAAAUUAUAUUGGUAUUUUUCAUUUUCAGCUAAGUAUAAAAAUUACCAAUUAAUGUUCAUUUACAAUAGGUGACAAGACGCAAGCUAAUGUCAGCUGAUCUAAAAAGUGAUUCUGAAUUAAAAGAGGAAGUAGAUGAUAAGAAAGAAGCAGUCAAGAAGCAGGCAACUAAGGAAACUAGCCUUAAACUUGUUGAAAAAAAAGAAAUACCAAAGACUCUGGAAAGGCGAGACAAUAAAGCAUCAGAGAAAAAGGAGCCAGUUGUAAGAUUGCCAGAGAAAACAGAACCAAAACUGUCAGAUAAAAAAAUUAAAAUUGUUGAUGAUAAAAAGCCUAAAAAGGAGAAGAAAUUGAAAGAAGAUGAUGUUGAGGAGCAUACAGAUAAUAAGUAAGCUAUUAAUUUUUAAUUAAAAAUCUUUUAACAUUGAUUUAAUUAAAGAAUAUAUUUAUAUAACUCUGUUUGAUGUGCAUGCUUUAGUGGUGAUUGGGGGGGGGGGGGGGUUAAAUUUUAGUCACUAAUGCGCACGAGACAUGUGUUUACACUGUAAAUUUAUAAAUCCUUAUUUGGAUGACAAUGUUGCUUUACUUACUGGUAUUCCCUUUAAAUAUUUUUUUUUUUUCAUUCAUUCAGCAACUUUAUGCAGAAUUCAGUACCUAGUGAUGAGGAAGAUGAAGCUGACACAGAAAAACUAGUCACAGAUCCUAAAAUGGACUUCCCAAUUGGCUCCAAGUUAAAAGUAAAAUAUGGCAGAGGAAAAAAUCAGAAAAUUUAUAUUGCAAAGGUUUGUUAUAUAUUGCUUUGCAGAUAGCAUUUUGAGAUUCUUAUGUUUGUUUUUGUGUUAUUGAUGAUAUUAUUAUUAACUUUUUGGUGAAUAUACAAUAACACAUAUCUGAUGUUGAUCUUUGAGGUAUUAAAAAAUAUUCUCAUGUGUGAUGGUGGUGUGAUCUUCUCUCAAAUUAUAGGUUGUAGACUUUGGGAGAGAUGGACUACAUAAAACUUAUCUAGUGCACUAUGCUGGCUGGAAUACAAGGUAAAGAGAUUAUUUAUAUGUCUUGAUGAAAACCUUUAUAAGUUACUAGGUAAGGAAUAUAAUCAUGCUUUUUUAAUUUAUUCCCUUUUAUGUUUGUAAAUAUUAAAACACCAUUUAACGAUUUAUAUUUCUAAUAACUUUUGUUAUUUUAAGAUUGUUUUCAUUUUUCUGCUAUAGAUAUGAUGAAUGGAUCCGUCCAGACAGAGUUGUUGCUAUUUUGGAUAAACCUACAGAUGGUGAAAAUAGAAUUAAAACACCUCCAUCAAAGCCUCUAGUAAGUUAUAAACAUGGCAGUUUUUCACGGUUUUGUUUAUCUUAUUUCCCAAAAUAUAAAUGCUGAUAUUCAUAAUGCCAUGGAAGUAUUAAAAAAACAAAAAUAGGAUUGUGAUAUUUGCACAACUGCAAGGUCUGUGACUGAGAUUUUUUUUAAAAUAUAAAAACUUAUGCUCUUCUAGUAUGCUAAGACCUAGAAAUAUGAUGUUUUAUAGCAUUCAUUUAUUUAUGUAGGCUAAUUAUUCUACAUUUGAUGUAACAUACAUCUGUUUUCAUUUUCAGAUUUCUUCAGGUUUAAAGAAAAUUAGCAAUGAUGAGUCCAAGACUCCAAGUCUUAAAAAAUCUGGCCAAGUGUUCCGUACUCCCAAGAUGAUUGGGGCUAAAACUAGAGCUACACGCUCCUCCAGUUCUGACACUUCAGUUGUGGGCAAGAGUUCAGGUUUGACAGAGAUUUCCAUUAAAAAAUUAUUUGUCUUUUACUGUCAUGCUUAAUUUUUUUUAGAAUGUUCUAAAUUUCAUAUCAUGCCAUUUAGAUAAAAUUCUGAGCUGUUUUUUUUUUUGUAUUUUCUGUUAUCUAAUCAAUGUAUUUUUAAUUUCAGACAAAAGACUUACAAGGCGACGUUCAAUUCUUGCAGAUUCCACUGGCUCUAAAUCACCUGGUAUGAUUAAGCUUCAAUUACACAUGUAUUUCUUUCAUCAUAACGUAAGCCUUCAGCAGCUAAAAAUACUCUUAAAUGUAACCUUUUUCUUGUUCAACAUAAAGUUAAUAGUCUAUCAGCAAGUUCCUGUUAAGGUAGUUGACAUGUCUACAUAAUGUUUCAUAUUAAACAUUUUGAACUUCACAAAUGUAUUCUUUCCUCCCUCAAGUCUCCAUAUUGUUAUCUUUAUUUUGAUAGAAAGUCACAUGAGCAGUGAUGCUGAGGAUGCUACAGGAUCAGAGAGAGCUGAUGACGAUGAUGAAAAUACCAAGUCUGAGAAAGAAGAUGAGGAUGACAUUUUGAAUGUGGACGAUGAUGAAGAGGAUGAAGAUGAUCCAGAAAGAGAAAAGUUUGUUGAUCUAGACACAAGUUUAGAAGAGGGAGAAAAUGUGCUUAAGAUCACAUCAUCCUCAGAGGCAGGGUCGGAAAGAAUAGAAAAUGAAGAGCUGGAAGAACCUAGGCCUGCUGGUUCAACAGAAACAAUAGAUUUUGAACCGUCUGAAGAAGAAUCCAAUGUUAAAACUGAAAACAAGAAAGAAAUUAAAGAUACAAUUGAACCUGCAACGGAAGCUCUUGGGAAGGUCUCUAGUGAAGCUAAAAAAAUAGCACAGGCAGAUUUUAAACCAGAAAGAGCUUCAGUUUUAGUAUCAGAGGUUAAGAAUGCUGUAGAUGAAAUUAAAUCAUUGGAAUAUAGUGAUGAAAUUAAUUUAGUGGAGGGGGAAGAUGUAAAAAUUAGUGAUGGUGAAAACACUGUAGUUGAAAGUGAUAAACUUGGAGUUGAUAGUGAAUCUCACGACUUGAAAACAAUUGAAGAAAGUAUAACAGAAUCCCCCCAUGAUGACACAGAAUCUCCAGAAGUAAAACCAAAUGUCUCUCAAAAUAUUAAUGAAAAUUGUGCUCCACCAGCAGAAGUAGCAGAUGACAUAAUAAAUCAGACCAUAAAAAUAGAAAUUGCAGAAGAUCAGGAUAAGAAAGAUAAGGAUUUCGACAAGCCAAAAUUGGGCAGGGGGAGAAAGAAGGACACUGUGGCUAAAGAUGCAAAAAGACCCUUUAAGGCACUGGAUGUAACUACGGGGUUAGGAUCAGCACAAGAAGUCCCUAAUCUAGAGCCCUUGGGGGUUGCAUCAGGUUGCGCCACCAGUAAAACAGACCCAUCUCCUUAUGAUUUUGAUGCUGAAGUGGAGAUGCCAUGGCAGCCAGAAAUCACCAAAAAGUGGGAACCUACUCUUAAGACUCCUGUUAAAGAUGUGAAAGAGCCGCUUACUGGUUCGGAAGAAGGGGAUGAAAAAGAUAAAAAGAAAGUAAAGAAAAAGACUAAAAGAAAGAACUUGAGUCCAGAUGUAGUUGGUGAAGUUAAAGUUAACGAGGAAAGUUUAGCCUCACCAGAUAUAGCAAUUGACAAUAUUUCUAAAGAGGAGACUCCAUCAGCAACUGCUGUUGCUGACCCUUGUAGUGAGAGGCCAAUUCCUAAAAAGAAAGGGAGAAAGAAGAAAGAGCUAAGCAGUGAGGCUAAGAAGGAAGUGAUUGAACAAUAUGAAAGUACAGUAAAUAGUGUAGUCGAGGCUGUGAAACAUUCAUUACAGGAAACUGAAUCUGAUCAUGAACAGAGGCCCAUUAUAAAACGCAGAAGAGUGAAACGAGUUUCUGAGAGUGAUAAGAAAGAUACUGUUGUACGUGUGGGUAAAAUGGGGAGGAAAGUGGUGAGCAGGGAUUUCUUAAAUACCUGUGUUAAUGUAGAUGCUGUGGAAGAUAAGAUUAAGGAAGAGCCAGUUUUAAAUUCUCAAACUGAGGCCCUGUCACGGUCCUCACUUGCAGCCGAUCUUGUUGCUGCAUCUUCCAGUUGUCAGGAUUUGGAGGAUUCUUCAGUUCAGAAGGAUAGAAGGAAAGAGCCAAGCUUUUCAGAAAGUCAAGGAUUUGAACCUCAGCUUGAACAACAUGAUGUGAGUGCUCCAUUUGACAAUACUCCACCAACAACACCAGAACAUGAUGAUGAACUCAGUGGUGCCAUGCACCAUCAACAAAACUUAUACAACUCGGAUGAUCUCUCCUCAAAAUCAGACACUCAUAAAGAUUCCAUGAAAGUGGUGUGUUCCUCAUCUUCAACAACGUCAUUGAUAUCUAUACCCGCCCCUUCGUCCGGUCUCGCCCCAUCAAAAUCUGCCAGCGAAUCUCCCUCGGAUAAUGAUGUGACCAGCACUGCCUCAACAGAUAACUUUGACACCACACCCACCGCCCAGCAGUCUGAGAGUAGUGGAACAGACCAGGAUGUACCCUCUUCUAACAAGAGGCGGAAACCAAUGGAGGAACUUAUAAAUGGCCC